AUGCGCUCCUUUGAACAUAACCCCCUUGACGCUCCUUUCUCUAAACUUUUGUACCUCAGUGAUACGUGUGAGCCUUCUGCUCUGCUACGCCCACAUGAGCUUCUCAAACGACCCCUGCCUGAACUAUAUAUGCCUUUCUUCCGCGUCGCACUUACAUCGUGUCCAGUGUUUGCACAUGCUGCUGGCGAUUAUUACUUUGUUGUGGGGUUUUCUCGGUCACACGCUUUUAUGUUUGAUUUGCGUACCCUAUUUCUGCAGGAGGUUGCCAGCCUCGAGAUGAUCAGUGAAAUACCUCUCCAUGCCCUUCCUUUGCACUACGUUAGAAGUGAAAAUCUGAUAGAGGCUCACAGGGGUAGCUCUAACGGAGAAACUGCUGUGGUCGCCUCCCUAGACCUUCCUAGCGACACCGUUCUUAUAGAAUCUGUGCUACUAGAGAGUAUGUUGAUCACAUUUUUCGUACGAAAGUUUCAGCCGUCCCGCCUUGUUAUAUCUAUCAAGCGAACUAUCACUCCUUCUAAUACUGUUUGCUCUCAAUUCGCUAUUGAACUGGCAAGUUCUCCCGUUUAUGCUACAGCAAGCAUGCACCACUUUGUUGCCAUAGACAGGACUGGAACCUUAAUCCUCGGGUCGAUAUCUAGCCUCUUCGCCCAUUGGAAUGGUGUGGAUGAUCGUGGGAAGGAGGUAACUAUUCCGUUAGCUAAUCUUCACGUCAAACAUACCUGGACAGACGCUGCUGAUCAAGCACUGUUGAGUGGAGAUAUCCCAACUUGCUGUGCUGUAUCGUCAGAGCUGGGUAUCGUGGUUAUGAGUACCACGAGCGGAAAGAUAUGCCUCUAUGAUGUAGGACUGUGCCCUAUACCCAUUCACCCUGAAAGCGCACUUCUUGACCUCAAGAGAUUACUAUCUAUCACACCAGUUGUCUUCCGUAUCCUCUUGCUAGCUGGUCACUUGGUGAUAAUAUUUGAGCGGGCAUUGCCCCUGUUUAUACGACUUUCGGAGCACCUGAACCAGCACACCCUUUUCUUACAUCAUAUCCUCUCAGCGAAUCCCAAUCACGCCCUUGCGUUCACUGUCCAAAACGCAGACUCAUUUAUCCUUGCUGCCCGGGAGCUCGCAAACAGAUUGGAGACUAGAAAGCCAAAGGAUAUACCGCUAAGGUUCCAGGAUGACAGCCUAGACAUCUUAGUUGGCAUUUGGAAAGACACAAUUGGGAGCAAUGCCUUGUCUAUCUUUACGGACGGCUUGCCAGAUAUUCUGGAGCAGCAGAUUGUCACACUGGGACAAGCACUACUUUCUAGCCUUGAGCACAUCCGUGACGCUGCUGCAGUAGAGCCAACUCUUCUUGACAACAAUAGCCUAAAGCUUUCUGUGCCUCUGCUGCGUGCAACAGAGUGGAUUGCAAAGUUGUUGAUUAAGGUUGAUCGAUUGGAAUGCGCAGUACAGCUGGGCCUCUGCAUUUACAAGAGUACCUACAAAGAACUUGCCGAUCUAGGGGUGACCAUUCUCCACAACACCUACUACCAGUGCAUGAAAAUGAACUAUGUCGACCUGGGGUUAGCCAUAUCCCAUGCUCUAGACUAUCGUAUACUGGAGGCCAGGCCCUAUGCUGAACAUCUGUGGGAGAAGAAUGCGCAAAAUAGUCCGCUUCUGAGAGAAGCAGAAGGAUCGAAGGUCUAUCUCCUAAUGGAACGCCUUUCAAAGGGCUCCCUUGCAGAAGUUGCUACUGAUAUUAAAGAGCUGGGAAUAGAAAAUCUCUUUUCCAUUGAUGAUAUCCACGCCAUGCUCGAAACAAUGGACGACGAUCUCCUCUUUGCAGAUCAAAAUCUAUCGAUACAAAAAACACAGUAA